AUGAUGUUCGCCUCAAUUGCCAUCCUGCAGGUGCUAUGCGUAGCGGUCACAUCUGCGCAGCUCACCUCGAAACUCACGGAAAUCAUUGACUUCGGCCCGAAUCCGCGAAACGUUUCGAUGUUCAUUUACGUGCCGGCAAAUCUUCCGCCUAAUCCACCGAUUUUGGUAUCCCCACAUUGGUGUCACGGCACGGCACAGCAGGUCUUUGACUAUAGACCUUGGGCUUCUCUCGGCGACGAGUACGGCUUCAUCUCGAUCUAUCCUAAUGCUUCAACAUUGAACACGGACCAAUGCUGGGAUGUCAGUAGCCAGCAAUCGCUCACUCACAAUGGCGGAGGCGACGCGCUCGGCAUUGUAUCCAUGGUACGGUGGACCUUGGAAAAGUAUCAUGCAGACAAAGACCGCGUUUUUGUUACCGGCACGAGUUCAGGUGCAAUGAUGACAAAUGUGCUCAUCGGAAGCUACCCAGAUGUCUUUGCUGCAGGAAGCGCAUGGGCGGGUGUACCAUUCGGAUGCUUUGCCGGCGACGGCUUCGAUGUCUGGAGUGACGCGUGUGCCACUGGCCAGAUCAUUAAGACUGGGCCCCAGUGGGCAGCUCUCGUGCGCAACGCAUACCCUUCGUAUCGCGGCUUCCGUCCUAAGUUCCAGACUCUUCAUGGAACAGCAGACACGACGCUUUAUCCACAAAACUUCCGCGAGCAGAUCAAGCAAUGGACGAGUGUAUUCGGUGUGAGCCAGAAACCGACCGAAAUUACAGAAAACGUUCCUUUCCAAGGCUGGACAAGAUUUCGGUAUGGCGAUAAAUUCGAGGCGUAUGAAGCUGGUAGUGUUACACACGACAUCCCGACAGAUAGCGACACUGUGAUGGAUUUCUUCGACUUGAAGUGCAGCGGACCGAGCUGCUUCUCUAGGCCUAGGUCGGGCAACAUAAUGCAGAUUCUAAAUCUCUUCGUGGCCGUUUGUGCCUUUUCGGAAUUCACAGUACAUGCACUGCUUGAGGAAAAGUUCGUGGGCUUCGAGCCUGAAGAUCAAACCUUGGACAUUGCUGGGGCCACACUCAUAGCCGAUGCGGAUGACUUUUUAGGUGUUCACAUUGCGCUCAAAAGUUUAGUGGAAGACUUCGAACAGAUCACUGGAAUCCGACCCGCACUCAACAAUGCCACCACCAAUUCCACAGUACCAGCUUCAGCAACUGGAGUCAUUGUCGGCUCUGUGGGCUCGAAGCUCAUUCGCCAAAUUUCUGCCGAGAAAGGUCUCGACAUCUCAGACGUUGAGGGGAGAUGGGAAGUGUUUAAAACGGCUGUCAUCGCCAACCCAAUAGCUGGAGUUGAACGAGCGUUGGUCAUCGUAGGUAGCGAUAAACGCGGCACUAUCUUUGGUAUACACACGCUCGCCGAACAGAGUGGUCAGUCUCCGUACCACUGGUGGGCGGAUGUUCCCACGAAGAAACACGCCGCCAUUUUCGCAUUGCCAAAAGCUACUGUUCAUGGCCCACCAUCAGUCAAGUACAGAGGGCUCUUCAUUAAUGACGAAGCUCCAGCGCUGGUCACUUGGUGGGCUGCGCGACACAACUCCUCCUACUAUCCUCUAGACACGGAGUUUUACUCACAUGUUUUCGACCUGCUUCUUCGACUAAAAGCCAAUUACUUGUGGCCUGCCAUGUGGGGAUCAUCAACACCAGCCCCAGGCCACAUCUUCUUCACCGAUGACCCGAGGAAUCAGCAGCUUGCAGAUGACUACGGUAUCGUAGUCUCUACUAGCCAUCACGAGCCAAUGCAAAGAGCGACUAAUGAGUGGAACGCGACUGAGACUGGGCCCUGGGAUUGGAGAUUGAACAAGGACAACGUAACGCGCUUCAUGGAAGAGGGGAUCCGUAGGAUGGGAAACAACGAGAGCUAUGUGACACUAGGCAUGAGAGGUCCAAGUGAUUCUGCCAUUGUUGGGGAUGAUGCUUUGGAGAUUCUGCGAGAAGUGUUUGAAGUUGAACGUCAGAUUUUCAAAGAAGUUCUGGGUGACCAGAAAGUAAACCAGGCAUGGACAAUCUACAAGGAAGUCGCGACCUACUACGCCGCUGGACUAAUGCACCUAAGAUUUAUGCUGACUUCAUACAUCUAUAACCAGGUCACCAUCAUCAUGCCCGAUGACAACCAUGGCCAGAUUUUGCGGCUACCCACUGGCGAUGAGACUGCUAGAGAAGGCGGCGCUGGUAUUUACUUCCACUUUGAGUACUUCGGUAGACCGCGGUCGUACAAGUGGUCGAAUACCAACAACUUGCCAAAAGUUUUGAAGGAACUUUUGCAAGCUUACUGGCGAGGCGCGAACCAGGUCUGGGUCAUAAAUCUAGGGGAUAUCAAGCCUUUAGAGCAACCCUUUGGGUUCGCCAUGGACUUGGCUUGGGACGUCUCGAAAUUUGACUUUGAUAUAAUACCAGAGUAUCUGCGCCUCUACUCCGAGCGGGAACUCGGUAGCGAACAUGCGGAUGAUGUUGCGGCUCUACUGAUGGAAUUCAACUACCUCAUUGGAAUGCGCCGCUUUGAGAUGGUUCAGCCAGACACAUACUCGAUAUUAAACUACCAUGAAGCGGAAAGGAUAUUAGCAAGAUGGAAUCUGCUCGCUGAUCAAACCAAGACAUUGUUUGAACAGAUACCGGAGGAUUACAAAGCCGCAUACUAUGAGUUAGUAUUCUAUCCCAUAGUAUCGGGCGCUACACACUACGCAGUAAACAUCGGCACGGGACUCAACUAUCGACAUGCCAUGGAACGGAGGAACUCAGCAAAUGCACUUGCCCACCAGGUUCUUGCUGAAUUUGACUAUGACUACGAUCUGGUACAGGAUUUUGAUGCCCUCCUUGACGGCAAAUGGAGAAAUAUCAUGUCUCAGGCCAAGCUCGAAACGUUCGAUACCGGAAAGGCAAAGAACUGGAUGAACCCAUCUCGCGACAUACUCUCAAACCUUUCCUUUGUUCAGUUGCGCCAAAACAUGCAGUUCUCCGUCGGUAAUCUCGGAAUCUACGCUGAGGGUUCCAAUAGCCCUCUCGACCAGGGUCGAUGGGCUGAGUCCAUCGAUCCUUCGAUGCCCUUCACCAAAUCCCCAGCCCAGCUCCCAGAAAUGAGUCCUUAUGGACCUUCCAGGCGGACUAUAGAUCUGUUCAUGCGAGGUGACUACCGCGUCCCAAUCGACUGGCAGCUUGGCGAUAUUCCAGUGGAUUGGCUGUCAAUUGCACCAAGUUCGGGCCGACUUGACGUGACGGCCGAAGAACAACGCCUCAAUGUCACCAUCGACUGGACACAGGUGCCGGAGGGAUACAACGAUACAGUGGAAGUUGGUAUAACUUCAACACCGUCAUUUUAUCCAUACAACGACGUCAUACGUAUCCCGGUACAAAAUCGGAAAGUACCCACUGAUUUCCGCGGCUUUCCAGAGACAGCUGGUUACGUAUCGAUUGAAAGCCCACACUUCCAGCAAUCUUCCUCCUCUCCGAAUACCAGAACGGCGAGUGAAACAGUAGCAUUUGUCCACGUUCCAUACCUUGGCACGCGCACUGAAUCCGGCUCCGUGGCUCUGCGGCCUUUCCACGCUGCUCGGGCUUCUCUUCUCGACUCGAAAUCCGCAUAUGUUGAAUAUAAUAUCUACCUCUUCAAGGACACUCCUGCCCUCAACGCCACUAUCUACAUCAACGCUGGCUUAGAUACAGAUCCCAACCUUCUCAUGGAGUUUUCACUUUCACUUGAUGACGCUCCUCAAAAUUUCACACGUGUGUUAGGUGACCCGAAGGACGCGGGUGAUGUGCCACCUGAAUGGACGAACAACGUAAUGAAUCAGGUGUGGACAAAGGAAGUUAGUCUUGGUGACGCAAAGGAAGGGGCUCACACGCUUCGUUGGAGCGUUAACAGCCCUGAGGUCUACUUGGAGAAGCUUGUUUUGGAUACCAGAGGCGGGGUCAAGAACAGCUAUUUAGGUCCACCUGAGUCAAAUAUGGCUGGAUUCGAUUGAGCAGGUUACAGCAUUGCUCGCACUUGGAGUUGCACUGCAACUCAAACACUGAUGGGUGUUUAUCGUAAGAAGGCGUUCAGACAGAUUACCCCAGAAUACAUUAACUCAUGGCUGCUUUCGAUCUUUCGAAACGUUCCAUGCGCUCAGCACCUU